AUGGUAGAGAAGUCACAACUGAGAAAACUGGACCUGAGUCAUAAUAAACUGCAGGACUCAGGAGUGAAGAAGAUCUGUGAAGAACUGAGGAGUGAAAACUGUAAAUUGGAGACUCUGAGCCUGUUAAACUGUCAUCUCACAGAGAAAAGCUGGGAUUAUUUGUCUUCAACUCUCAAGGUAAAGAAUUCACCACUGAGAGAACUGGACCUGAGUAUUAAUAAACUGCAGGAUUCAGGAGUGAAGAAGCUCUGUGACGGACUGAGGAGUGAAAACUGUAAACUGAAGACUCUGAAACUGUCAGGUUGUGGUGUCACAGAGGAAAGCUGGGCUGAUUUGUCUUCAGCUCUCAUGGUAGAGAAGUCACCACUGAGAAAACUGGACCUGAGUAAUAAUAAACUGCAGGAUUCAGGAGUGAAGAAGCUCUGUGACGGACUGAGGAGUAAAAACUGUAAACUGGGGACUCUGAACCUGUCAGGUUGUGGUGUCACAGAGGAAAGCUGUGCUGAUUUGGCUUCAGCUCUCAUGGUAAAGAACUCACAACUGAGAGAACUGGACCUGAGUUUUAAUGAACUGCAGGAUUCAGGAGUGAAGAAGCUCUGUGACGGACUGAGGAGUGAAAACUGUAAACUGGAGACUCUAAAACUGUCAGUUUGUCGUCUCACAGAGAAAAGCUGUGCUGAUUUGGCUUCAGCUCUCAUGGUAAAGAACUCACCACUGAGAGAACUGGACCUGAGUCUUAAUGACCUGCAGGAUUCAGGAGUGAAGAAGCUCUGUGACGGACUGAGGAGUGAAAACUGUAAACUGAAGACUCUGAAACUGAGUAGCUGCAGGAUUACAGAUGAAGGCUGUGCUGAACUGGUUGCAGUGCUGAAAUCAAACCCGUCAUACCUGACAGAGCUGGAUCUGACCCUGAAUCAACUAGGAGAUUCAGGAGAGAAGGAGCUCAUUAAACUAAAGGACAAUCCGGACUAUAAACUGGAGAAACUACUGUGA